AUGAACAUCAUUGACCUCUUCCACUGCCCGCACCGGUAUUUCUGCUCUGCGGUCUCACUAGUGCACAGCACAUUAUUUAUCCUCACGCGCCGUAGAGAGAAGAUCUCAACCUCGCGAGACGACUACGAUAUCGACGAAGUCACCGGCUUUCUUCCACCUUCCCCUCCUCCGCGUCUAUCAGGUCCUUUUGCCUUGUGGGAACAGGCCUUGACUGAGGCCCGCACGGGAGUCUUCCUGUGGGACGAUCAGUCUGAGGACUCGUCGGGAAAGCGCCUCUCCUCGGAAGCAUGGCGGUCGAGGAUUCUAUCUGUAAGUCGGCUCCCCGCGCUUAUGAUCUGCGCUCAACAUCUGUCAAAGUUGCCCGUGAUUGACACAAACGUGCUGCGAGGAAAUCUCCGGGGUCUACACCGGGCACAUGCGGUUCUCGCUUUUCUGACACACUACUUCGUCCACUCUGCGCCACCAGCAGGGUCGGAUCUCCCGUGUGUGGUUCCCAAGGCUCUUGCCAUACCAUUCGUCACUGUUUCUCGCGAUCUCGGCAUUGCCCCGGUUCUCACCUACGCUGACACCGUGCUAUGGAAUUACGAACUGAUCGACGCGGCCCAGCCGGCAUCGGCCAUCAACAUCGAGUACCUCAACACAUUUUCGGGAACCGAGGAUGAGGCCCACUUCUAUUGCACGUCUGCGAUGGUCGAGCUCCGUGGGGUGGAAAUUCUGAACAUCAUCGACGAAUUCGCUUCGCUCCCCGACUUGCACGACCUCUCUGCAAUCUCCAAACUCUCACGUGAUCUUACCCGGCUCGUGGGCGUUGUCACAGAUAUCAGUGACAUCAUUCAGAGCGUCCGAGACAACGUGGACCCUCAUGUAUUCUAUCACACGAUCAGGCGGUGGUUCAACGGCAGCGAUGCAAACGGCACUUCGAGUCCCGGCUGGGUCUACGAGGGCGUUUCCGACUCGGACAAGCUGGAUCUGAGUGGCCCGUCCGGCGCACAAAGCAGCAUCAUCCACGCCCUCGAUCUUUUCCUCGAUGUCGACCAUAAGCUACAUCUGCGACGCCUCCCUCCGCCUUCUGCCGACAAUCGCCGUUCUGACACUGGUUUCAUGGAGCGCAUGCGCCGAUACAUGCCAGGCAAACACCGUGAUUAUCUGCAUUGCCUUGCCAACAGCCCACGAUCGAUCCGCGAGCUUGCCGAGCGGACACCAGCCCUCCGAGAGCCAUACGACAGUGCUGUCAUGGCCCUGAAGAAACUGCGCGACCUGCACAUGCGGAUUGCCUGCCGCUAUAUCAUCACCAUGUCCCGCUCCAAUCCGUCUGCGGCAUGCCCUGUCGCGGCGAUGAUGGACAAAGUGCAAAAAAGUCGUGGAACCGGGGGCAACGAAUUGGCUGCGCUCCUCAAAGCCAGCCGCGACGCGACCAGGCGCACUUUGCUGAAGCAAACGUAG